UUUCAACCUCUCGCAGGAGCUGCGCCUGACAGUGUCUAGUACACAUAAACACGCGGAUUUCGAGGUUUGUAAUUAGUUUAAAAACUGGGAAAUGGACCAAAAAGACACAGAGAUGAACGAAAAAGCAGUUUCUUCAUCUACCAGCGGAGUUGUUGUUCAAGUGAGGGAGAAGAAAGGACCUUUGCGCGCUGCCAUCCCUUAUAUGCCUUUCCCAGUUGCUGUCAUCUGCCUGUUCCUCAACACGUUUGUGCCCGGACUGGGUACAUUCGUCUCGGCCUUCACGGUUCUGUGUGGCGCAAGGACAGAUUUGCCCGACAGGCACAUGUGCUGCGUCUUCUGGCUCAACAUCGCAGCCGCCUUCAUUCAGAUCGUCACUGCCAUAGUCAUGGUGGGCUGGAUCAUGAGCAUAUUUUGGGGAAUGGAUAUGGUCAUUCUCGCAAGUGAGUAUUGGAGCAGGCCGUCCCUCAGCAGCUCUGAUUCCUGUCCUCCAGACCUAAUGUUGAAUGUGCACCUUUCUCCAGUGCUGUCUGUCUGUCUGUCUGUCUGGGGCUUUGAGAUGGAGCCCGCGAGGCCUGGAGAUUCAGAGGUCAAUUACAUGCCGAUUCUCAACCCAACUCCUUCUAGUCCUGUCAGGUACUACAUUCAGAAGACCUGA